AUGCCUUGGUCCACGAGAUAUAUCAAUUGCAUCAGUACCCUCUGCGCACUCCUCUUACUGUCUCAGCCCGUAGCAGGGACAGGAUUCGUCCCACGAGAUUUUGCGUCCGACGAGGCUAUCGCGCGCCGAGUCUGCGAACCAGCGGCGCCAGAUGUCAGCGAGUCAUCGAUCAUUGCCAAUGUUUGCAACGAGACUCUUGCCAAUGACUCUCCCACAUGUUCCAACCAAAUGACCGUACACAUGCAACAAUCUGCCGCCAACACCUGUGGCCAGUAUUUCGAUCUUUUCCAUGGCUGCUUGAUGGCCAACAAUAAUGAUCACACGGCUUGCUCUGAUUCACUCCUAGGCUACCAAGACUGCAACAAUUACACAAUGCAAGCUUACGCCUACUGUGGCUGCUACUUUACUCUCCCAGCAUCACUAGCCGAAUGCGCAGACGAACAACUUCAGCCCCAAGCUCAAGAUACCGCAAUGGUCUCACCAACAAGCGCGCCUGUGACCGCCAUAUCGACCGACUCAGACACGGUAGCUGCCGUUGCAAGCGCUGAUAAAGAACCUACGCCGGCUGUCCUCGCCGUCAGUGGAACAGCACCAUCCCCGUCCAGCCAAAGUACCAUCCCAACCGAUCCUCGAACCCCCAGCGCCCCCACGCUCCGUAUCACCUCCCUCCCCAUCAAGUGGGCCACGCCCUCUACCGAUCUCGGCAACGCGUGGACCCCGAGCGCAGCACGAAGCACGAGUACGGAGCCCAGCACCGUCGUGGUGACAUACACAACUACACUCACCGCGGCUGAGUAUACUACGACAGCGACAGUCACCUUUGCUUCCAUCACCACGGUCUAUACUUGUACGGACGGCGGCGACGUAACACUUCCAGCUCCCGUAUCAGCAGCGCCGGCGCUCAUCGGCCCUGCGCCAAUCGUGUCGGCGCUUAGAGGUCCCGAGACUUUUGCACCUCACUCCGCCGUGGAGCCGGCGCAAAGUGCGGGAGCAAGGAUAGCGGAGGGAACAACAGAGCAGACUGGGGAUCCGGUGACCUCGACCUUUCCGUCUGUGGCGGCGCCGGCGCUGAGUACAGGGGUUGGACCACCCGAGGCAACGGUAGGGAGAAAUGGGAGUGCGGUGUGCGCGAGGUGUAGAAGAAGGUCAAAGAUAUUCUAA